UGUGAGGUGGGUUUCUAUAAGCCAGUAGCAGGUGAUGGGUUGUGUGGAAAGUGUCCUCUACAAAGCCACUCAGAGACCAGAGCUGCCCUCUCCUGCCCCUGUGACUCCAGCCAUUACAGAGCCCCCAUCGACCCCCUUGCUGCACCCUGCACACGUACGUCACACACACACACAGAACACCCAUACACAACAACCAUACAUGCUGCACCCUGCACCUAUCUCUCUGAAUGACCUGGGUGAAAUAGAAGCACAUUCCACUUUUUCAGGUGCUAGGCAGGAAAGAAAUACAUGAAAACUUGAAAUAUACACCUCUUUCUCUCUCUCCUCCCUUCUAAUUAUUCUCUUCCCUCUCUUUUUAUAUCUCUCCUCUCCUCAGGCCCCCCAACAGCUCCAGUAAACGUGAUAUCAUCAGUUAACGGGACGUCAGUGAAUCUGGAGUGGGGGCGACCGCUGGACUCUGGGGGUCGCAGUGACCUGCUGUACAGUGUGCUCUGUCAGAAGUGUUCUGGGGAGGGGGGACAGUGUGAGGACUGUACAGCAGGGAUGGGGACAACCGGUGGGGGAGGGGGGGUGGGAGGAGGGGGUGGAGGGACAGUGGAGCGCGCGGGUGUGGUACCGGUGCGGUUUGUUCCCCGGCGGAGCUCUCUGACCGAACCCUGGGUGACUGUUCUAAACCUGGUUGCCCACGCCAACUACACCUUCCGUAUCCUAGCGAUGAAUGCAGUGACUCACCUGAGCAACGAGCCGCUGCCCUUCUCCUCUGUCAACAUCACUACGAACCAGGCAGGUAGGGGAUACCUGUAUGGAUUUAUUACAUAACAUUUUAGGCAUGAAGGUUCAUUUACAUGUGAAUCAAAGAAAUACAGUUUACUUAGAAUUAAAAACGACAUCUCAACAGCUACAGUAGGUUACAUUAUCCUAUAUGAUCUCUAUUGGAUUGUAUUGCUGUGUACAAAUAGCGCUGCCCUGUCUGUUCUGGUUCUCUGUUCAUUUAUGUGUCUGUGUACUUCCUGUUUCUUGCUUCCUGUUCAGCCCCCUCCCAGGUAAUUGCGAUACGCCAAGAGAACGCAAGUCAGAAUAGUGUCACUCUGCUGUGGCACGAACCAGACCAGCCCAACGGAGUCAUACUGGAGUAUGACAUCAAAUACUACGAGAAGGUACAGUAGAUAAAUACUGUGUGUGUGUGGGGGCUGAUCUGGGCUGAUAGGUGAAAGUGACAGUGGCAGUGAGCGUGUGGGUAAGCCUGGAAGCGCCGGUGUGGUACCGGUGCUGUGUUGUUCUGCAUUAGUGUGGCUGCUGUGUUGGUGUCUUAAUCUGGCCAAACUCCUGGGGUUACUGCUAAGGUGGAUGUUAGUCAGAAAUGUAAACACAGCUUUGUAUAGACAGCCUUUUUCACAUCUCUCCUGUGCUCCCCCUUCCUCCCCUCCCCUCCCCUCCCCUCCUCUCCUCCUCCUUAACCCCUCCCCUCCACCAGGAUAAGGAGCAGCAGAGUUACUCCACCCUGAAGGCCAAGGGGACCACGGCCCGGGUGUCUGGCCUGAAGCCCGGUACCAGGUACAUCUUCCAGGUCCGGGCCAGAACCUCGGCAGGCUGCGGACGCUUCAGCCAGAACGUGGAGAUCCAGACCGGGAAAGCAAGUAAGAUAAUGAGAGAGGAGCACCAUGGAGCAGUGACCAUCAAUAAAACAAUAACAAAACACGAAGGUUUCAAAGUGCAUUGUUUUCUAUGGGUGCCAACUCACCUCACCCAACACCACCUAUCUGAGUGAUGCACAACCCACCUGGUCCCACCCAGCGAUGCACGACCCACCUGGUCCCACCCAGCAAUGCACAAGUAUUUGUACACAUUCCUAGUAACUAUAGAGAGGCUUGAUAAAAGUGUCUGUUGGUAGAUAUGUGGACUACUGUGUAAACCUGUCAGCCACAGGGGAGUUAGUGUAUGUUAACCCAGAUUAUACAGCAUGAUACUGGUUAAAGAGCCAUGAGUGUCGGUGGGACCAGGAAGUCUUCAGACAAUCCCUUAAUGUUAUUGAUCUGUGCUUUGUGUGAGGGUCACCCCUGUCAGGAAAUCUGCUGCUGAUCCAAGCCUCAAAGAGCACUGAACACACACACACACAUACACGCACGCUCACGCUCACACACACAGGUUCCGCAUUUUAACACACACACACUCACACACACUGUCUUUGUCUCUCUCUCUCUCUCUCUCUCUCUCUCUCUCUCUCUCUCUCUCUCAAUUUCACUCUCUCACACACAUUCUCACAAACACUGUCUCUCUCUCACUCUCCCACUCUCACACUAACUGUUUGUGUUGUUGUGUGUCCAGUUCCUCUGCGCUACGACACUAUGACCAUCAUCUGGAUCUGUAUGGUUCUGGUCUCUGGCCUGGUCACCUUCCUGGCCAUCGUCAUCUGCAGGAAACGGCAAGGCAACCCUUUCUUACACUACACCACUACCCGUGAUGUGGAUGAGUCCUCUCUGACUCUACGUCAUUCAUAUACGUAUGUGGGAUAUUUUUUUACACUACCUCAACGAGGGUUCAAGUAAAUGUUACCAUCGUCUCCAUAGGAUUAAUUUAUAGUAGGGUUAAUAUUUAUAUUAGUAUUUUUUGUUGUUCUUUAUCUGCCUGUGAUGUCCUAUACCCAUAUGCAUUGAAAUCCAUAGGAUCACCUCUAAACCCGAUAGGCUCUUAUGCUACGGUAACUGUUUCCAUGGUGUGUCUGUCUGCAACCUCAAAGCCCCACAGCACUGUGAUAUGUCCAUCAUACAGGAAACCAAGGAGAAAAUCUCUCUAACGUUGUUCCACUAAUGGUUUUAAUUAGUACAGAGUAGUUCUCACUCUAGAUUACAGCCUGCGUUUACAGUGGAAAGUCAAGUCAUCUCACAGAGUUUCUGCAUAGGUAAUGUUCAGACCCAGCUGAGUUUUGUAAUUCUAAACCAAGGGACCAGGGUUCCGGUCUAGAAGCACGGUUUCGACUGCUCCUACAGUUUUGCUUCUGUACUGCAGUUUAACUGACGCCCGGCCCAGAAAGAAAAUUUCCUAAUAAGGCACUUUAGUCAUCACCUUUGUGCACAAAACAUCCAUUGAAUUAUUCAAAUAAUAAUUGAGGCCAAUCUUUUUUUUUUUAUCACUCACAGCCGAAGAUACAGUAUUAACAUUUUAUAUUCAUCCAAUAUCUGCCAUAUUUGUGGAUGACGUAAUGACGUUGUCACUGCUCAUGCCGCUCCCUGUGCGCACUGAGUGCUAAUGCACAUGUGAUGUUGGUCCGUAUAAACCGGAUGCAACUCGGAUAUACAGUAGACGGUCCGUGAAUCGGCGUACGUGAACGUAAGUAGAUUACCUUAAAAACAACGGGCGGACAUUUUGGACACAGUCUCCAGUUCUUAUUAUACCUCAGUGUCCUAAACAGUGAGUUUAAUUAUAAUGGCGAUUCAUUUUGGUUAAGUAACAAUGCAAUUGUUUUUUACGUAUCCCUCUCCUUCAAUUCCCUCUUCUGAGGUCUACAACUCUUCCACAAAUAAUUAAUUCAUUGCGUUUAAUUAUUUCCAUCUUCAAUGCAUGUUAACGUUUUCAAGCCAAGCUCAUUUGGAAUGGGAAGCUAAAAAGAGUGGAAAACAGUGAGAAGUGUGUAUCCCCGUGUGACUCUAAACUAUUCUGAAGACUUACAUUUUUAAAAGGCCUUUUAGUGUGAAUGAACUGCUAUGAUGAGACUGAAGAGUUUUGACAGACAACGUGAUGCUCUAUAUAAACCACACAGCAGAGAAGACUUGGAAAUAGAAAGUAGAAUGCAGCAUCACAACAUAUCCCUACCAUUGUCCUACCCAUAGUGACAUUUAAAUGUUUCUGUGUGUUUGUGAUACAGACACUGUGGCUAUAGCAAGGCCUUCCAGGACUCUGAUGAGGAGAAGAUGCAUUACCAGAAUGGCCAUGGUGCGUUGUAUUAUUAUUACUAGUAUAUUAUUAUAUUUCUAUUAUUAUAUGUCUUCACUCCAGUGGUAAUAAUGUUCAUCCUCAGUGUACAUAGUUCACUUCCCUUUUCAUUCAGAUUUUUUCAGGUAGAAAUUCUCUCUCUCUGAGAGAUAUUUUCAAAGGUUAUGUGGGUUUUCAAGUUCACAUUUUUUUUUUUUUAUAUUCUCUCGCUCUUGCUCUCUCUCAUGUAGCAUAUUGUUUCUAUCCAGUGGUAUGUGACCAGAUGCUAAUGUUGUUUAUUUUAGUGUCAUUCCCCGACGCACGUUUCUACAUCGACCCACACACCUACGAGGACCCCUGCCAGGCCGUCCAUGAGUUUGCCAGAGAAAUUGAAGCUUCCAGGAUCAAACUGGAGAAAAUCAUUGGCUCAGGUAAACUGAAAAUCAUUGGCUGAGGUAAAUGCUGCGGUGUGCAGCGGAGAGGGAUGGCACGGUGGAAUCAGAGCGUUGCAUGGGGCUAUCAAUCAAACACACCGGGAAUACUAACAUCAUAUUGGCACAGCAGGACAUGGCAACACACAGGCGUCAUAAUCAGGUCUGUUAACAAUGACCUUUAGAAUGGUAGUUGUUGUUAAGACACAGAAGAGGAAAGGGGAAGACAUGUAAUGACGUGUUCUGGGACUUUUCAAAGCACAAAGGAGAAAUAUACCGUAUAUAUAUAUUUUUGUUUUUGUUCUAAUUAAUUUUUCAAUCAAAGGAUACAUCAGUCUAUAAUGUGGUCAGGGAGGCAUAUACUGUAUAUCAACCUGAAUUGUGUGUUUGUGUGUGUGUUUAUGUGUGUGUGUCUCCAGGUGAGUUUGGGGAGGUGUGUUACGGGCGGAUGCGUCUCCCAGGGAAGAGAGACAUUCCGGUGGCUCUGAAGACGCUGAAGGCAGGAUACAGUGACAAGCAGAGGAGGGAAUUCCUGGCCGAGGCAUCAAUCAUGGCCCAGUUUGACCACCCUAACAUCAUCCACCUGGAGGGAGUGGUCACACGCAGUAAGAUUCCAAUUGUUUUGAUUUGAUUCAACUCCAUUUUCAGUUUGGUGCAAUUCAAUUUAUUUUCAGCUAAAUUCAAUUAAAUGCAAUAAGUAAGUUACCUCGUGUAAAUUACUGUGGAAUAAUGCUUCCUGCCUCACUCCCUCCCCCUCACUCCCUUACUCCAGGUAAACCAGUCAUGAUCAUCACUGAGUACAUGGAGAAUGGAUCUCUGGACUCUUUCCUGAGGGUUUGUUGCUUUAAUGUUUUUAUAUAUACUGAACAAAAAUAUAAACACAACAUGUAAAGUGUUCGUCCCAUGUCUCAUGAGCUGAAAUGAAUUAUCCCAGAAAUUUUCUAUAUGCACAAAAAGCUUACUUCUCUAAAAUGUUAUGCACAAAUUUGUUUACAUCCCUGUUAGUGAGCAUUUCUCAUUUGCCAAGAUAAUCCAUCACCCUGACAGGUGUGGCAUAUCAAGAAGCUGAUUAAACGGCAUGAUCAUUACACAGGUGCACCUUGUGCUGGGGACAAUAAAAUGUGCAGUUUUGUCACACAACACAAUGCCACAGAGGUUUUGAGGGAGCAUGCAAUUGGCAUGCUGACUGCAGGAAUGUCCACCAGAGCUGUUGCCAGAGAAUUGUUGAAUGUUGUUUAGAAAAUUUGGCAGUACGUCCAACCAGCCUCACAAACGCAGUGUAUGGCGUCGUGUGGGCGAGAGUUUUGCUGAUGUCAACGUUUUGAACAGAGUGUCCCAUGGUGGCGGUGGGAUUAUGGUAUGGGCAGGCAUAAUCUACGGACAACGACCACAAUUGCAUUUUAUCGAUGGCAAUUUGAAUGCACAAAAAUACCGUGACGAAAUCCUGAGGUCCAUUGUGAGGACAAUUUUUUUUUUUAAGGUAUCUGUGACCAACAGAUGCAUAUCUGUAUUCCCAGUCAUGUGAAAUCCAUAGAUUAGGGCCUAAUUAAUUUAUUUCAAUUGAUUGAUUUCCUCAUACUCAGUAAAAUUUUGUAAUUGUUGCAUGUUGCGUUUAUAUUUUUGUUCAGUAUAUUUUCCUGUGAAGCACAUUGCAUUGCAUUCCAUGUCUGAAAUGUGCUGUAUAAAUAAAAUAAUGCUUGAUAUGGAUUUGUUCUCUUUUUCACAUACUUUCCCUCUUUCUAUCAGAUUCCCUCACUUACUUUCUCCUGUGAACACAUUUUUAAAUUGUUUUUGAAAGACUUGACAUCAGAAAUCUCAAUCAAUAUGCCUGUAACGAAUACUACAAUCUCUCUCUCCAUCUCAACCCCGUUCUACUCCUCUUUCCCCCUCCUCCUCUCAGAGACAUGAUGGUCAGUUCACUAUAAUCCAGUUGGUGGGCGUGCUGCGUGGCAUUGCGGCGGGUAUGACCUACCUGGCAGACCUGGGCUACAUCCACCGCGACCUGGCAGCUCGUAACAUCCUGGUCAACAGCAACCUGGUGUGUAAGGUGUCUGACUUUGGCCUGUCCAGAGUCCUGGAGGACGACCCCGACGCAGCAUACACCACCAGUGUGAGUUCACACUCUAAUGAUAGCUCAAUUCUAAAACUCUAAUAUGCACUAGGUUCUAAUACUGUUGUAGCCCUAGUUCUCUAGUUCAGGUUCUGUUUUCUAUUCCGUGGUGAAAUGCCAGUGUCGGCUCUAGUGUGGUGCUGUUCCUUUCAGGGUGGUAAGAUUCCGAUCCGCUGGACGGCGCCGGAGGCCAUCGCCUACAGGAAGUUCUCCUCAUCCAGUGACGUGUGGAGCUACGGUGUGGUCAUGUGGGAGGUCAUGUCAUACGGGGAGAGGCCAUACUGGAACCUCACCAACCGAGAUGUAAGUGGAGUGGACACACACACACACAAAAACACAUGUACUGUAUGUGUGUGUAAUGAUACCUGUGUGUGUGUGUGUGUGUGUGUGUGUGUAGGUGAUAAAGUCAGUAGAGGAGGGCUACAGGCUGCCUGCUCCAAUGAGUUGUCCAGGUGCUCUACACACUCUCAUGCUGGACUGCUGGCAGAAGGACCGCAACGAGAGGCCUCGCUUCUGCCAGAUUGUUACAGUUCUAGACAAGCUUAUCCGUAACCCGGAGAACCUUAAGACCAUGGACACACUGUGCAGGUGAGCAGACUGCUAGGCCACCAUCGCCUGGGCAAUACAGAUUGCUUGGGAGGCAUUGUCUGGACAACAGGUUGCAAAUCCACUCUCAGUUCAUCUGUCAAACAUGAGCUGUGGGAUAAAGUUACAGCCCAAAGUUUCCCUCAAACUUCCCCAGCUGAUGCGAGGGAGACGAGUUGCCUUAGGGGAGCAAGGAACGGCCGUGUUCGUUUUCCAAUAAGCUCAUCUCUGAUAGACGCGCUCUCUGUUAAAUAAGAGCCUGCCUGUGAUAUUGACAUUGAUCGUUUUGGGAAUCAGAGAGCAGAGAGAAUAACGGCUGAAGCUAGAGUUGGACCCGUGUUAAAUCGCUCCGUUCAGAUCCCGGGUCCCAGAUCCCUGGUGCAUGUCAGGGGGAAAAAUGGGAGAUGGAGGGAAGAAGGGGGUGUUAAGGAUUUCUCCCUGAAUUAAUCUAGCCAAACCAGCCAUCCUGCAAUCAGAGCAGCCACCUAUUCUCUAUCAUUUUAACUGCUAUUGAUUUUCUGCCUUAGCUGCUAGUGCAUUUCAAUACCUUUUGUUCAUCUCUCUCUUUCUUUAUGCCUACCCUCUCCCUUUUCUCUCGCUCUCUCUCUCGCCCCCAGGUUAGGCACACCUCCCAUGAUGGACAGAAGUAUCCCAGACUUCAGCAGCUGUAGUUCUGUGGAUGAGUGGCUGGAUACCAUCAAGAUGGGCCGAUACAAGGACCACUUUGCUGUAGGAGGCUACCUGACCUUGGGCCACGUCAUAGGCAUGAACCAAGGGUAAGGGGCCAGGCCACAGCUUCACAUUGACACCACACUACAGUCCUACUCUCACAACAUCACACUCUAAUCACAUUAUCCAAAUGGCAUGGAUGCAGUUGCCAUAAAGUGCUUAACAGUAACUUGGUCUGUCACAUAUCUGUCACACGUCUGUGUGUUUAUCAUAUCUGAUGUGUGUUAAUGCAUGUGAUCACUGAUGUGUGUGUGACUUUGUUCCAUCUCUGUGUCCUACAGGGAUAUCCACAGGCUGGGGGUGACACUGAUGGGCCACCAGAAGAAGAUCAUGACCAGUGUACAGCUAAUGCGUGUUCAGGUGCUCAACAGGAGUGUGCCCUCAGUGCACGUG